GGGCGAGGGGCAGGCUGGGAAGAGGCGCCAUAUUGGCGUCAGCCGCGCUGUAUUGUCAUAAAUAGAGCCGGUUUUCUGGUGUUUUCACUACUCGGUUGGAUGCCUCGGCCGUAGUAAGUGAGACAGUGAGCGAGCAAGCGAGCUACAAGCGAGCGGAGGAAAGUGGACAGGAGGAGAAGGGAAGAGCAAGAACAGGACUCCAGAGCGAAAGACUCGCCGGUGAGGGAGGCGCAGGAAGCGAUGAAAGAGAUGUCUGCAAACACCGUGCUGGACAGCCAGCGUCAACAAAAGCAUUAUGGAAUCACCUCUCCAAUUAGCUUGGCAUGUCCAAAAGAAAUUGAUCAUAUUUACACACAGAAAUUAAUUGAUGCCAUGAAACCAUUUGGAGUAUUUGAAGAUGAGGAAGAAUUGAACCACAGGCUGGUUGUUCUUGGUAAACUGAACAAUUUAGUAAAAGAAUGGAUUUCUGAGGUCAGUGAGAGUAAGAAUCUCCCACCUUCUGUUGUGGCUACUGUUGGUGGAAAAAUUUUCACCUUUGGCUCCUAUAGGCUUGGAGUACACACCAAAGGAGCUGACAUUGAUGCACUUUGUGUUGCUCCAAGACAUGUGGAGAGAUCUGAUUUUUUUCAGUCUUUUUUUGAAAAAUUGAAACAUCAAGAUGGCAUUAGAAACUUAAGAGCUGUAGAAGAUGCCUUUGUGCCUGUUAUAAAAUUUGAAUUUGAUGGAAUUGAAAUUGAUCUAGUCUUUGCAAGACUGUCAAUACAAACCAUAUCAGAUAAUUUAGAUCUAAGAGACGACUCUCGACUGAGAAGCCUUGAUAUAAGGUGUAUUCGCAGCCUAAAUGGGUGUAGAGUUACUGAUGAAAUUUUGCAUUUAGUGCCAAAUAAAGAAACUUUCAGACUCACCCUAAGAGCAGUCAAACUAUGGGCAAAACGACGUGGUAUUUAUUCCAACAUGUUGGGAUUCCUUGGUGGUGUCUCCUGGGCAAUGCUAGUUGCAAGAACUUGCCAAUUAUAUCCAAAUGCAGCAGCUUCUACUUUAGUUCAUAAGUUCUUCUUAGUUUUUUCCAAGUGGGAAUGGCCAAAUCCUGUGCUGCUAAAGCAACCGGAAGAAAGCAAUUUGAAUUUGCCAGUUUGGGAUCCUCGGGUAAAUCCAUCAGAUAGGUAUCAUCUCAUGCCCAUAAUCACCCCUGCCUACCCACAACAGAAUUCUACGUAUAAUGUGUCCACAUCAACUCGAACAGUAAUGGUAGAAGAAUUUAAACAAGGUCUCGCAGUCACAGAUGAAAUUCUUCAAGGGAAAUCAGAUUGGUCCAAACUCCUUGAGCCACCAAAUUUUUUCCAAAAGUAUAGACAUUAUAUAGUAUUGACUGCCAGUGCAUCAACAGAAGAAAAUCAUCUAGAGUGGGUUGGAUUAGUAGAAUCUAAAAUACGUGUACUUGUUGGAAAUUUGGAACGGAAUGAAUUUAUUACUCUUGCCCAUGUAAAUCCCCAGUCAUUCCCAGGAAAUAAGGAACAUCAUAAAGACAACAAUUACGUAUCAAUGUGGUUCCUUGGAAUAAUUUUUCGGAGAGUAGAAAAUGCAGAAAGUGUUAAUAUAGACUUGACAUAUGACAUACAGUCAUUUACUGAUACAGUGUACAGACAGGCAAACAAUAUAAACAUGCUAAAGGAGGGAAUGAAAAUUGAAGCAACUCAUGUUAAAAAAAAACAACUUCAUCACUACCUUCCCGCAGAGAUUCUUCAGAAGAAGAAAAAGCAAAGUCUUUCUGAUGUCAGUCGAAGUUCAAGUGGACCUCAAUCCAAAAGAUCAUCUCUGGAUAGCAAUUGUUUGGAUAGCUCCAGAGACACUGAUAAUGGAACACCUUUUAAUUCCCCGGUGUCUACAAACAAGCCUUCCAAGCCUGAUAGUCCUCCUUCAGCAGAGACAGAAAGGAAUAAUGCUGAGCCUGCUGCUGUAGUUGUGGAAAAGCCACUGACUGUCCCGCCAGCCCAAGGACUGUCUAUUCCCGUCAUUGGUGCAAAAGUUGACUCUGCAGUAAAAGCUGUAUCACCUCCAGCUGUGUGUACCAUUCCUACUGUAGUAGGACGAAAUGUCAUUCCUAGAAUCACAACACCCCACAGCCCUGCCCAGGGGCAGCCACAUCUAAAUGGAAUGUCAAAUAUAACUAAGAAUGUUACCCCCAAAAGAUCCCACUCCCCAUCCAUAGAUGGGUCUUCUAAGAGGUUGAAAGACAUAGAAAAGUUUAUUCGACUUGAAUCAACGUUUAAGGAAUCACGUGCUGCUGAGGACAGAAAAAGAAAAUCAGUGGAUGCCAUUGGAGGAGAAUGUAUGCCUAUUCCAACUAUUGAUACAUCACGCAAAAAGAGACUGCCCAGUAAAGAACUACCAGAUUCAUCAUCUCCAGUUCCAGCAAAUAACAUCCGUGUCAUCAAAAAUUCCAUUCGACUGACCCUAAAUCGAUGCUGUAGCAUUCUCUCAUUGAUUGCUACAUACAGUUCUCUGAGGAUGACCUGCUAUCAAAUUAUCAUCUACAAUAUUAUGGCUUUGCGUUGGAGGUUUUACUGCCUUAACUUUCGAUGCUUGUUUCUCUGUUGUGGGAACCAGUUCUUGGCUCUCUGGACACUGAUAAAACAAGUCCUGAACACCGCCCCCCUCUUUUUUUUAAGUCUUAUGUUGUAAUCAUUGUAUAGAACUAAAAAAGUUGAAAACAAAAAAACAAAACAAAAAAUGUAAUUUUCCAAAUGUUAACACAUUUACUUUAUCAUUGAAGCCACUUUGUGACACCUGAGAUAAAUGAAUGUGAGGUAUCUUCUCUGCUUUCCUCAUUUGUGUAGAUGUACUUAUGUCUGUUCUGUUGAUUUAAGUUAUUUUUUCUUGGAUUGGCACACGGAAUAUUUAACUUUUUAUUGUGCCUUUCUAUCCAAAUGUUGCAUAGUUACCAGGGAGGAUUAGUCCAGUGAUUACAUAAGAGUUGGGCACCAUAAAUUCUCUAUAUUUUGCCUCCCAUGGAGGCCUUUGAAAUGCAUCUUUAUUAAGAAUCAAAAUAUGACCAGGAUACUGAAAGUCAGUAUAUGAACGGUGAAAUUGUUACAUAUCCUAUCUCAUGCCAUUUCUUGUUAGUUGACUGGUAUUUUUUACUGAGGAGCAACUCAUUCCGGCAUCAACAGUAAGAUGCCUUUAAGUAUGGCAAACUUGUAUUUUUGAAGUGUACGAUUAACUUGGCAUGAUACUUCCUGACCAUUACUUAUCGCCACAACUUCAAACAGUUCCUUCGUGGACUAGGCAUGCAGAAAUGAGCAGUGGAUUUUAUUGAAACCUAAAGGCAUUUUUGAAUGACAUUGUUACCAACCAUUAAUUGGCUCAGGACCUUUGUAAUUUUUAUUUAAAUAUAUGAGUUGUCUUUUUUUACACUGCUUUUUUCAGUGCAUUUCUUAAUAUUUUUUAAGUUUCAUGAACGCAUGCUCCAUUUAUUAAAAUCCAUAACCAUGUAAUUCUUGUAAUAUGUUGAUUCAGUGUUUUGUAAAUGAAGUCGUAUGUAUUUUCAGAGUAUUUUUGUAUGUACUGUAAGAUACCAUCUUUUCAAAGAGAAAACUUUAAAACCUU